AUGAAUCCCAUGGCAUCAGCCAUUUUGGCUGCAAUUCCGUGCCCGAAUGGCAGCUCAACCUCUGAGACUCCUCGCAGGAUGUCUGAGGCUGCAACCCCAUGCCUGGGAUCAGUUUGUUCGCUGAAGCCCCAGCAAUGGAGGCCUGGAUCAUACUUCAUGGUUUGUGCUGUCCAUGCCAUAGUUACAGCGUCACUGUUUCCUACAGCUUAUGAGUUACGCAAUGAUGAUUUCAUUUUUCGUGGCUCUUGCGGGCUUUUGGACAAAUGCCUCUUCUGCGUGAUGAUGCUGGCCAGUUUCCUAGCUGGCUGCAUGGCCGCUUUUCUGAUAAAAAGGGUGGAUGCUUCAGGGCACGCCAGGUCGGCUUGUGGCUAUGCUGUCGUCAACUGGGCUCAGUCACUCGUGGCCUCGUGGAACCUUCAAAACAAGAGCUGUUCGCCUACUUUUGACCGUGAAAACGGUCAGCACUUCACGCAUCGCCUGGAAGACUCUUUUCUGGAGUGGUGGUUGCCAACGGUUUUAUACGGCAGGCUGGUGCUGUAUUUGUUUUGCUUGUUCUGGAUGCAGAUGCUCAUCGCUUCGCGAUUGGAGUCUUUAGAGAGGUCCUCAAAUCGGAAAUACAACAGUGCCUGCUUUCGUAAGCUCGUUGGGAUGCAAGUGUUCGGCUUCAUGCUGAGUGCGGUUGCAUUCGUGGUGUUAUUGGCUGCGCAACAAGGCCACGAACUUAGCGACAUUGUCCGUGAUGAAUGGGCAACAUGCGCAUAUCGUGCGGCGUUCGUGACGACAGCGAUGACUUGGCUGUUCAACCUGGUGGCAAGCAUGGUUGCGAUUUUCUCGCUCGCCCGGUCUUUCCUCGACUUGAAAAGAGUCGCGCGUGUUGCCGAGACUACGGACACAGCGAUGGUGGUGAUCCUUUCCUUGAGACGAGCCCGAAGGUUUGCUGCUCUACAGGCAACAGGUGUAUCCAUAAGCCUCUUCCUCACGAUUUUGGCAGUUCCGGCAAUAGAACUCGGUCUGCACCGGCAACCCCAUCCAGCUCCUUCUCCGGUAGGUGAUCCUUCUCUCGAGGUGCUCGCUGCCGGAGACAACCAGAUUCAAGUUGUGCUUGUUUGGGUGAGUCUUGUCAUUCAGGCUUGUGAUUUCCUAGGGAAUUCUGCAGCUGCGCUGCUUCUGUCCGGAAGCCACAGGUUGCCGGUAGACAGCCGAACAAGUCAAAACACGACCUGCCAGAGAUGCCUGCCCAGAGCAGCUCCGAGCAUCGAAAAAGCCUGGGACCCCGCAUGGAAGGCCAAGGUUGAAGAGCUCUCUCUUCGGGGCAUGACUUUACGCAGCCUGUUCCACUUCUAUGAAGCAGAGCUCCGUUCUAUGCCAGAUUGGACUUAUGCGCCCAAGGAACACAAGACUCGAGAUGUCGUUCGCAGGGUGAUUAUUCCACUGACAAGCAGCCAGGAGUCUUCAUAUGUAGUUUCAGUGUUGAACAGGGAUGGUGCUCGAAACGCCGAGGUUAUGGUGACCCACAACUGGGGAAAUUGCUUCAAAGACUUGCUCGCAGCCGUCGUUUCGGAUGCCCUGAAUGAGUGCAGCUUCACCUUGGCGGCAAAGCUGUUGGAGGAUGACUGGCAAUUCCUGUUCGAGAUCCUGCGUCAGAGCGGCCGCUUGGAUGUCACGUACUGGAUCUGUGCUUUUGCUGUCAACCAGCAUAUCUGCAUUUGCCACAGCAAUCCUUGUGACCGCGAUCCUUUUACAGAUGAGCUGCAUCCGGUAUGCAACUGCGGUAGUGUGAAUAUCUUUGACCCAGACGGUACGAGUAUCGCAUCGGAGAUCAACAAGUUCGAUGACAUGAUGUACCAUCUUGCAACUACAGGUGGCUGCAGGCAAGUAAUUGCGGUAGACCAAGCUUUUGACCUGUUCACUCGUGCAUGGUGUGUUGCAGAAAUUGCAGAAGCCAAGCGUCUGCAAAUGAAUCAGACACUGAAGCUUUCAUCCAGAGCGGCCAUCAUGCAACGUGCACGCUCUUUGGAGAACCUGGAUGUUCAGAGCAUGCGUGCAACCUCUGAAGCAGACAAACAACUCAUUCUAAGUAAGAUCCAACGCACUACGAGCAUCAACAAGUUCAACACCGAGCUGCAAUCGCUCGUUCUUGACCAGAGGUCUGGCCUUCUCGCCUCCUGGCAUGCCAUGGAUAGUGUGCAGCAAGUCGGCGAAGUGGGCCGGUUAAUUCGAUGGGGGCUUGCUGAUGCGGGCACGGGCAAGGUGUGGAAAGCAUGGGAAGCCCAUGAAUAA